AUGGCCAACAGCGGCGGGCCAUCAAUCAAGGGACCUUCACCAGUCACGGAUGAAUUUAUUCCCAUACCAGAGGUGGCUUCAUAUCCGACGGGAAGUCUUGACUUCCUAGCCAAACUCAAAAAGCAGGAGCAGAAGCAGAAGCAAAGCGCUACCUCAUCAACCGGAGAAAACGAGUGGUCAACCCUGAGGUUGAACAUCAUCAUUGUCGGUGCAGGACUUGGUGGGCUCGCAGCGGCCAUCAGCCUCGCUCGAAGGGGGCACAAGGUCAUUGUGUUCGAGCAGGCUCCAGCACUAGGAGAGGUCGGAGCGGGAAUCCAGAUCCCAUCCAACUCGAGUAGGCUGCUCAUCAAAUGGGGAUUGAGGCCGUUCCUGGAAUCCAAAGUCGUGACGCCCGCCGACAUUGCAUUUCGGAGGUGGGAGAAUGGCGCUGUCAUCGGGCUGACCAGGCUGCUUCCGGAGUUUGAGGAGAACUUCGAUGCUCCAUAUUGGGUCGUGCAUCGGGCACAUUUCCACGACGCAAUGUAUCGGCUGGCAGUCAAGUUGGGAGUCGAUGUGGUUAUUAAUUCCAAAGUGGUGGACUAUGACAUUGAAAAGCCUUCGAUUACCAUCGAGAAUGGCAAGACUUACACUGCAGAUCUGGUGGUUUCAUCCGAUGGCCUCAAGUCUGUGGCCCGCAGUAAAGUAUUAGAUGGUAACGACCAAGCACCUCGAAGAACCGGGUUUGCAGCCUACCGCGCCACCGUCGACGUGGACAAAAUGAAGGCACACGCCGACACGGCAGAAAUCCUCGCCAAACCAGGGCUGAAUCUUUGGAUCGGAGACAUGCGCCACGUCAUGAGCUACACCAUAGCCGGCGGCCGGUCGUUCAACAUGGUCCUCUCACACCCUGACCGCAGCGACCCCGCGACAUGGAACCAACAGAGUCCCUCGCAGAUCCUGUCGGACAUGCGAGCCCAUUUUCGAGGCUGGGAUCCGCGACUGACAAAGAUCAUCGACAUGAUCGACACCACGCUCAAGUGGCCGCUUCUCAGUGGUACUCCGCUGAAACGAUGGGUGGCGCCGUCUAGUCGGUUCCUCAUCAUGGGCGACGCCGCACAUGCCAUGGUGCCAUAUAUGUCGCAGGGGGCGGCUAUGGCUGUCGAAGACGCCGCCGCGCUAGCCGAGGCCAUUCAUUUAGCCAAAAACCCUACUGACUUGCCUGAGGCCCUGAGGGUGUGGGAGGCCGUUCGCAUCCAGCGGUCCGGCAUGAUGCAGGAGGCUAGCUUGGUCAAUGGCAAGUUGUGGCAUUUUGCGGAUGGGCCGCUUCAAAAGGCCCGAGAUGAGGCUAUGAGGCCAGAAGUCGAGGGCAGGCAGUUCACGACGAGUCCGAACCAGUGGAGUGAUCCUACUACUCAGCGUUGGUGUUAUGGAUAUGAUGCCGAAGCUGAGGUCAGGAAGGCUUGGGCUGCCAGGCGUGCCACUGCCACUGCCACUGCCUCGAAAGGUGUGCGCCAGAACGGACAUUCGUGA